ACCAUGGCGGCGGCGGCGGGGGGCCGGGGCGGUGGCAGCGAGGACGGCGAUGUCCCCGCCGCCACCCGCCUGCAGGCCUACGCCUGGUGCCGGGAGUUCCUGGCCGGCUCCUGGAAGCUCAUCAGCCCGGAGGAGUUCGGCAUCUGGCCGAUCAGCGGGGGGCUCAGUAACCUGCUGUACAAGUGCGCGCUGCCCGAGCACAUCCCCAGCGUGGCGGACGAGCCCCGGCAGGUGCUGCUGCGCGUCUACGGGGCCAUCCUGCAGGGCGUGGACUCUCUGGUUCUGGAGAGCGUCAUGUUCGCCAUCCUCGCCGAGCGCUCCUUGGGGCCGCGUCUCUUCGGGGUGUUCCCUCAGGGCCGCCUGGAGCAGUACAUCCCGAGCCGCCGGCUGCGCACCGAGGAGCUGCGGGAGCCGCGCGUCUCCGCCGAGAUCGCCGCCAAGAUGUCGCGGUUCCACGGCAUGGCCAUGCCCUUCAACAAGGAGCCCAAGUGGCUCUUCGGGACCAUGGAGGGGUACCUGGAGCAGAUCUCCCAGCUGACGUUCCCGGACCAGGCACAGCUGGCGCAGCUGGAGCAGCUCCGGGGUUACAACCUGGAGCAGGAGAUGAGGAGCCUCAGGGUCCUGCUGGAGUCCACCCCCUCCCCGGUGGUUUUCUGCCACAACGACGUGCAGGAGGGGAACAUCCUGCUGCUGGCCGGGCGCGAGGGCUCCUCGGACCAGCUCAUGCUCAUCGACUUCGAGUACAGCAGCUACAACUACAGGGGCUUUGACCUGGGCAAUCACUUCUGUGAGUGGGUUUACAGCUACAGCCACGACUCCUGGCCCUUCUUCCAGGCUCGGCCCGAGCACUACCCCAGCCGCCAGCAGCAGCUCCAUUUCAUCCGGCAUUACCUGGCCGAGCGCUCGGGGCGGCGCCGGGAGCAGCAGGAGCAGGAGGAGGAGGAGGAGGAAGAGCAGAUGCUGCGGGAGAUCGACCGCUUUGCCCUGGCCUCUCACUUUUUCUGGGGGCUCUGGUCCGUGGUGCAGGCCAAGAUCUCCACGAUCCCCUUCGGCUACCUGGACUACGCCCAGAGCCGUUUCCAGGCUUACUUCCAGCACAAAGCUCGCUGCUCCUGAGGGGGAUCCCCAAAAAUCCGGGACCCCCGGACCCCCCGGACCCCCCCGGGA